GGCGGUUCCUCUCAACAACACCUGACUUCUGCUCGUCUGCUCGUGCGCUGAACAAUGCCGGUGUGAACUCCACAAACUACCUCCUUUAACCUGCCUGCGUUUUGAGUUUCCCACUAAUGAAACAUGGAAGAGCGUGGUGCACCGUGUCGGACCCGCUGAAUUCUGUUUUGUUGAGGGCGAUAACUUUAAAAACCUCAAGUCUCCAGAAAGGAUCUGCGACCUGUCAUCACCUCUCCCAGUGAGUGUGUGUGUGUCUGGGCACAGCGGCAGUUCUGUCACUUUGUGCUUCCAGAGCGCCCUCAGCAUCCACAAAAAACACCAAGGGACCACAGGCUGCAGGAUUAGAGUGAAGAAUGGGGUCAUCUGUUGCCCUGUCCGCCCUGCUGCUUGUUCUGGACUUAACCACUAAUGUAUGGAGUCUGAACCCCGAUGACCCCAAUGUUUGCAGUCACUGGGAGAGCUACGCUGUGACUGUCCAGGAAUCCUACGCUCACCCAUUUGACCAGAUCUACUACACCAGAUGCACAGACAUCCUCAACUGGUUUAAAUGCACAAGGCACCGGAUCAGCUAUAAGACGGCUUAUCGGCGGGGAGUGAGGACCAUGUAUAGGCGCCGCUCACAGUGUUGCCCUGGUUACUUUGAGAGCGGAGACUUGUGUGUUCCUCUGUGCACAGAGGAGUGUGUCCAUGGCCGCUGUGUGUCUCCCGAUACAUGCCAGUGUGAGCCCGGAUGGGGCGGACUGGACUGCUCCAGUGGCUGUGAGAGUGACUACUGGGGACCUCAUUGCAGUAAUCGAUGCCAGUGCCAAAAUGGGGCUAAGUGUAACCCCAUCACAGGUGCCUGUGUCUGCACUGAUGGGUACCAGGGAUGGCGAUGUGAGGAGCUCUGUGAGCACGGUUACUAUGGCAAGGCAUGCCAACUACCCUGCCAGUGUCUCAAUGGUGCCACCUGCAACCACGAGACAGGAGAGUGCAUCUGUGCACCGGGGUACUCAGGGGCUUUCUGCGGAGAGCGCUGCCCCUCCGGUAGUCACGGGCCUCAAUGUGAGCAGCGCUGCCCCUGUCAGAACGGAGGGACGUGCCACCACAUCACUGGAGACUGCUCCUGCCCCACCGGGUGGACGGGUUCAGUCUGUGCCCAGCCGUGCCCUCUUGGCAAGUACGGCAUCAACUGCAGCAAGGACUGUUCCUGUCGUAAUGGCGGACUGUGCGACCAUGUCACGGGGCAGUGCCAGUGCGCAGCUGGCUUCAGUGGACGCAGGUGUCAGGAUGACUGUCCUGUGGGCACCUUUGGUCCGCAGUGUAACCAGAAGUGUGAGUGUCAGAAUGGAGCCAAGUGUCACCAUAUCAAUGGAGCCUGUCUGUGUGAAACAGGGUUUAAAGGCCCUAAUUGCCAAGAGAGAUUCUGUCCCCCAGGCCUCUACGGCCUCAUCUGUGACAAGUACUGCCCCUGUAAUACCACCAACACUGUGAGCUGCCACCCGCUUUCUGGUGAAUGCACCUGCUCUGCGGGAUGGACAGGGCUUUACUGUAAUGAGACCUGCCCUCCUGGAUUCUACGGAGAGGGAUGCAUGCUGCCUUGUAGCUGCACCAACGGAGCCGACUGCCAUCCUGUCACAGGCACCUGUAUAUGUGCCCCUGGGUUCAUGGGUGAGGACUGUGCUACAGUGUGUCCUCCUGGUCUAUAUGGACCAAGCUGCAUGUCCACCUGCUCCUGCCAUAAUCACGCUUCCUGCUCUCCAGUCGACGGCUCUUGCAUCUGCAGGGAAGGCUGGCAGGGUGUGGACUGCUCCAUCCUCUGUUCCAGUGGUUCAUGGGGUCUGGGCUGUAAUCAAACAUGCUUAUGUGGCAAUGGAGCUGCAUGUGACCCUAUAGAUGGCACCUGUACAUGCUCACCUGGGUGGAGGGGAGAGCACUGUGAUGAAUCCUGCCCUGAUGGCACCUAUGGGUUGGAGUGUCGUGAGCGCUGUGACUGUAGCCAUGCUGAUGGCUGUGAUCCAGUGAGUGGUUACUGCCGCUGCUACCCCGGCUGGACAGGAAUCCACUGUGAUAAUGUGUGCCCACAAGGCUUCUGGGGACCCAACUGUUCAGUCAGCUGUUCCUGUCAGAACGGAGGAUCCUGCUCUCCAGAGGACGGUACAUGUGUGUGUGCACCUGGAUACAGAGGGACAUCCUGCAAAAGAAUCUGCUCUCCAGGGUUCUACGGGCAUCGCUGCAGCCAGUCGUGUCCGCAGUGUGUGCACAGCACUGGGCCGUGCCAUCACGUCACAGGCCACUGUGAGUGCCUGUCUGGCUUUUCUGGCUCUCUGUGCAACCAAGUGUGUCCAAGUGGCAGGUAUGGUAGGGCCUGCGCGGAGAUCUGUCUCUGUACCAACAACGGCACCUGCAAUCCCAUCGAUGGCUCCUGCCAGUGCUUCCCUGGUUGGAUAGGAGAUGAUUGCUCUCAGGCCUGUCCCUCUGGGCACUGGGGCCCUGAUUGUCUCAACUCGUGUAACUGUCACAACGGAGCCCAGUGCAGUGCCUACGAUGGGGAGUGCAGGUGCAGCCCCGGCUGGACCGGACUCUACUGCACGCAGCGCUGUCCUUCAGGGUUCUACGGCAGAGACUGCGCUGAAGUCUGUCGCUGCCAAAACGGCGCCGACUGUGACCACAUCACUGGCCAGUGCGCCUGUCGAACGGGCUUCAUCGGGACGAGCUGUGAGCAGAAGUGUCCUGCUGGUACAUUUGGAUAUGGUUGCCAGCAGCUGUGUGAGUGCCUGAACAAUGCUACCUGUGACUAUGUGACUGGAACGUGCUACUGCAGCCCCGGAUAUAAAGGCAUCCGUUGUGAUCAAGCAGCUUUGAUGAUGGAGGAGCUGAACCCGUACACUAAGAUUAGCCCAGCGCGAGGCUCGGAGCGCCAGUCUGCAGGGGCUGUCAUGGGCAUCAUCUUUCUGCUCCUCAUCAUCAUGGCCAUGCUCAGUCUGUUUGUGUGGUACAGACAGAGGCAGAGAGAUAAAGGCCAUGAGAUCCAGCCAAGUGUGUCCUACACACAGGCAAUGCAUAUCACCAACACAGACUACUCCCUGUCUGAGUGUGGCAGUACUGUAGCGAUGAGGACCAGCGCUGCUGAGGUCAAUCAGAGCCAGGGCGGCAGCAGCAGUGGCCAGUGCUUCUCCAACCCCAGUUACCACACUGUGGCCCAGUGUAAUGUUGUCUCAACCAUCUCCAACAACCUGGAUGGCACUCUGACCCUCAAAUCGAGCACUCUGAAAAGCCGAAAUGGCUCAGAAUGGAGAGCCUACUGCAACCUCAACGACAUAGAUGUUCAACAAGGGGAGACGCAGACGCAGAGAGGCUCCAAAAAAGAUUACAUCAAGGGCUCCAUGUGCAGCAACAGCUCCUGCUCCCUGAAUAGUGAGAAUCCAUACGCCACCAUUAGAGACCCACCAGGGCUGGCUUGCAAGCACACAGAGAGCAGCUAUGUGGAGAUGAAGUCCCCCUCCCACCGUGAAGUGCCCUUUGGAGGCACUGCCACCCUCCUGGGCAGUGCGAGCAGGAAUGUCUAUGAUGUUGAGCCAACGGUGAGCGUCCUGCAGGGACCCAAUGGAAUGGCCACCGGCUUCUCUCAGAGCCCCUAUGACCUCCCCCGCAGCAGCCACAUCCCCAGUCACUACGACAUACUGCCCAUGCGUCACAGCCCCACGCACACACCCCCGCCACCCCCAGAAAGCCCCAGCUCUCUGCUCUAGAGGGCACACCCUCCACCUGGCUUUGACAGGGGGCCGGCAUCCAGGCAACAUUCAGCCAACUUUCAACCAACGGCCCUCCCUCUGUCUCCGAGUGUGUUCAAUUAGAUACUGAGAUGUCGAGAUGGAGGGACAGCCACAGCUCCUCUGGACCCUGCUCUCUUUGGCUCCCUCACUUACACUCUUUCUGUGGCCCUGGAGGAGGGAGGGGAGGAAAGAGUGUCCCACACACCAGCGACCAUUCACCCAUUUUAUUUUCUUAUAGAACUGAUCACUCAAGGUGCUGCCCGGCCUCUUUAUGGACCUCCUGAAGUGGAACAUAAUGGUUCCAAACAGUGCUAAGGGCAGCAUACGUGGAUUGGGUGGACAGAUUAUUUACAGGGAGAGAGCUAUCCUCACGCUCAUUUUUAGCCCAUGAUAUAGGUUUACUAUUCAAGGGCAGCCGAGUGUUUAUAAUGCCCCCUAAACAGAAGUGAUUUUCUCCACAGGAAGGAAGGUAUAGCAACCUUGACCGUUUCAAAGCAGGUGAAGAUUUAUAACAUACAGACAUCAGAGUUUAUGAAUUGUCACUGUGUGCAGCAGCUGCAGAUCACAGUACAGCUGACAUGAAGAGAUUACAAUCAUUUGCUCUGAGGUUAAGAAGAGUUCAGUCAAAUAGUGGAUUAUUCUCUGCUCUAAAUGUUAAACACAGACACACGGUCAGCAGUGAGCCAAGUCUGCUGAAGCAUGGAUAAAUAGUAAACUAUUGUAAUGGUCCUUUAUUCACUGUUAUCCAGUAAUGAUCAGACACUAAAUACUAAGAUGAUCACUGUCUGUAGCUCAGUAGCUUCUUUUAAGUUGCAGUGUUAAUGAGGCCUGUCUGGAGAUACAAUCAGGCCACCAGUGUUUAAGCAUCAAAGGUCCAAUGUGUAGGACUUACAGGGAUAUAUUGGCAGAAAUAAAUAAUAAGUAUGUUUUCCUCAGUGUAUAAUCACCUGAAAACAAGAAUCACUGCAUUUUCGUUACCUUAGAAUGAGACGUUUAUAUCUAUACAGGGAGCGGGUCCUCUUCUACAGAGAUUGCCAUGUUGCACCGCCAGGUUUCUACUGUAGCCCAGAAUGGAAAAAUCAAACACCAGCUCUAGAUAGGACCAUUGGUGUUUUCGUGCUUUUGCAAUGGGCGCAUCGGAAAAACACAAUUUUUUUUAACAUGAAACUGGUUUAUUCAGCGUUUGUACCAGUUUAAAUUAGCAGGUCUGCUUGUUUUGGAGAGGAGGAGACCUUUGUGAAUAAUUUGGCCCCUGAUAAAAUCUGGAUCUGAUAUUAUCAGAGUAAAACCGUGAGCACAGAUUAGCAGGUGCUUCGUUAGCUGCCUGUCUCUGACAUACCAAACAGUAUCGGAGCUAAAUGGACUAAACGCCUCGAUCACAAAAAAGCUGUGCACACAUUAAGUUAUCAGAGAAAAUAAGAGAGCACACAUUUGCAGGUGCUGGGCAAGCGGCCAGCUGCGAUGUGCCAAACUGUGUAGGAGAAACACUGAUUUGUAAAGUCAAACUGCUCUAUUCAGUGGUUUCGCCAGUUUUAAUCACCAGGUCUAUUUGUCUUGGAGAGGAAGAGACCUUUGCGCCAUUCAGUGUUUUUAAUGGUUUUAAUUACGAGAUCCGUUUGUCUUGGAGGGGAAGAGACCUCUGCAGAUAAUUCAACUCCCAGUAAAAACCUCAUAAACAAUGAAAGAAUCUUAACCGGGAGAAGUUUCAGCUGGUUGCAAUCUGUAAUCCUCACCACUAGAUGCCACAAAAUCCCCUUAAAUCCUGCACACUGGACCUUUAAAGGCAUUAAGAGAUAAACACAUAGAGUAGGUCUCAAGUUCAGAUUUUUCCCCCCACACUGAUGAAGUGAUCAGAUAUUGUGUUGUUUUCUAUGUGAGAGCAUUUUUCUCGCAAAUGUCUUAGUUUACAUUUUUAAAAUAUUGGGUGUUAAGAAGGGAUUACUUUGACUUUUUCCGUUUUGUAUUUAUAAAGCUAAUUGCUUUAUUUAUUAAUUUAUAUUAGUGAUGGUGACUUUUUAUCAAUGUGACACUAGAAUUAAACAACAACAAAAACAAAAAAAGAUGAGCAUGAUCAGAUUAUGGAUACCCACCGAUGUAGAUAACACACAAUUUAUCUUCUUGUGAGAUGAUCAGUGUCAUUUUGUGUGUGUUUUUUGAAGUUACUUAAAAUGUUCUUUCUCUCUCUCUCUCUGUCAGAUUGUAAAUUGAAAAUAAGGGUUCAUAUGACUCACAAAGACCCACAAAUACCCUGUGCAGUAUUUACAAACGGAACCACACUGUAUGUAAAAAAAAAAAAAAAAAGUCCAUUUCUGAAAUACUUUAUGUUUAUAUCAGGCAAAUUAACUAAUUUAUUAAUUUAACUUUAUUCAUUCACUAUGUGAAUUCCAUUUCACCCUCUGUAGAAGCAAUAACAUGUUGACAAUCGAUGCCCAGACAGCGUUUCAUUAGUGCUGGACAUUAUGCCAUCUUUGACCAGUGUGGUGACAGUGGAUCAUAUUUUACGUGACUGUUUUUCCUCCGAGGAAGGUUUUUCCAGUUGCUGUCAUAUCAAUGCUGCUUGUUGUUUUGGUACUUAAGUUUCAAAUUAAAACCCUAUUCUGCCAUCAGAAACCUGUUUGGGUCAGGUUAAUACCCCGGAUAGAUAGGCGAGGAAUUUACUUGUCAUUUCAGGGGUUAGACAGGAUAUAUCUGUGAAUUCUGAAACAUAACGACAGUGGAUGCUGACAAGAUUAAUGAAAGAUUCCACUCUAACAAAUAAGAAAUGUUAUUUAAGUGUGUUAGUGGGUGCCAGAAUGUUGUCUAGAGUCUAUAUAAAGUGAAGAAAAUCAUGGUCACACAUUAUUUUUAUUAGACAUGUUCCAGAUUCAUGAAUAGGAACAUUUUGUCAGUGCUCUCAUUUUAAAUAAGCUUUUCAGAGGAGUGACAACUACAAGAUUUACACAUGGUAGGCUUCACAGUUGUGUAUGACUUGUGAUUUGAACAGCAUUUUAUUGUUUUAAAGGUCUGUGAAGAUGUUUUUAAGAUGUAAUUUUAUUUCUCUCUAAACAUUUUUAUGUAUGAAUUAUAUGAUAAAUAUGAUGUAUAGCUUUAUAUACAACUGCCCAA